AUGGAUGCUCCUCCCUUGAAUGAAGAUGAAUUAAAUGAAAUUUAUAAUUGGGUUGAUACUAUACCUUUAUCAAGACCUAAAAGACAUAUAGGAAGAGAUUUUGCAGAUGGAGUUUUGAUGGCUGAAAUAGUUCAACAUUAUAUACCCAGAAUAGUUGAUAUACAUAAUUAUAGCUUAGCUCAUUCUGUUCAAUAGAAAUAGUACAAUUGGAAUACUUUGAAUACAAAAGUCUUUAGAAAGAUGGGUUUCUAAAUUACUUAAAAAGAUAUUGAUGCCGUAAUUUCAGUUGUGCCUGAAGCAGUAGAGAGAAUUCUCAAAGUUGUUUAGGUGAAAAUAUCAAUGUUUUUGGAUAACAAAGAACAAAAUUAGAUUCAUCAAUAGGAGAAGCCGGUUGAAGUUUAGCAGAAUCAAAAUAAAGGUAGUAAUAAACAGGCACCCAAUAACAAAUCAAACGAGAAAGAUUUGAUAAUCCAAGAUUAGAAGGAAACUAUAGAGAUUCUAGAACUUAAAAUAUAAAAAUUAGAAUAACUAGUUAAGUUAAAGGAUAGUAAAAUAUAAUAGUUAAUGUAAAAACUCUAAUAAGCAGGAAUAAAAUGA